AUGCCGCCGAGCUUCGCAGAAGAUGCAUCUCUGGUCUUAGUUGGCAUGCGAUGCGCGGGAAAGUCAUCGCUAGCCACUAUAGCCUCCAGAGCCCUGAAGUGGAAGGUCGUUGACGAAAAGCUGCAGUUCGAAAAAGUAACCGGGUAUUCAGUCGCUGGGUAUAUUGAGAAAUAUGGCCACCAUGCCUACUGCGCCCAAGAAGUCUCAGUGCUAAAGGCUAUCCUCGCACAACAUCAGCGACGCUAUAUCAUCGUGUGUAGUUCGUCCUGUGUCCAGACACAGGCGGGCCAGGAUCUACUACGAGAGUAUCUUGCUACACUCCCAAUAGUGCAUGUCAUGCGAGACAGGCACGUGCUUCAAGCCAACCUAGAAAGCAAAUGGCAAGGGGAUGUAAUCAAAGUUCUGCGCGAGCAGGAGCCAGUGUAUCUGUCUUGUUCGAACCUCACUUUCUUCAAUCGAGACGAUACAAGUUUGCGAUCUGGGGUCGAAUCGAAUCGCGGGGCGUUCUUCGAGGCCCUGACCCCAACUUCGGGAAGGCCUACCUACAGGUCCCUGUCUCUCAAGCAUGUCGAGUCGGACUUCUUACGGUUCCUCAGCAGUAUAUACGACAAGCGCGAGGAGAAGAUCGGCAUUGGUACAGACUGGGAUAUCUUCACCUACUCGCUUCAGCUCCCCUUUCGGGACUUCAAAGCUUGUGGUUUUGAGUUGGAUCGAAUAGCAUGCUGCGCGGAUGUGCUACAAGUUCAGGUUGAUUUAUUACUCCAGGGAUAUCUGGAAACGGAUACUACUCGUCAUCACUGGUGGGAAUACGUCGUGGAUCAACUAGCAUUUCUCCGGAGGCACACAACCCAGCCCAUAUUAUACCAUGCGACGUCGGGAAAUUCACCUCCGUCUCAGCUGAAGCCAGAUUACUUUGACCUCAUUCAGCUGGGGCUUAGAGUGGGAGCUGAAUUCGUCACAGUCGACCUGCGACAAGGGAAGGCUCAAAUCCAAGCUGUCACAGACCAAAAGGGCCAUUCCAAAAUCGUCGGAUGGUUUUAUGAUUCGGACCCUGGGCUGACAGGGGGCUGGACAGGACAACGUCGACUGGAGUGGUAUCGUAAAGCAGUUGAUGCGGGUUGUGAUAUUGUGCAACUUACUCAGCCAGCCAUUACGCGUUCUGAUAAUGCUGCCGCUCAGUGCUUUGCCGAAAGUAUGAACAACGGGGGACCACUACCGGUGUCUGCAUAUAACACGAAUCGCCUGGGCCGACCAUCGCAGUGCUUCAAUAAGUUACUUACGCCGGUUGCUCACCCAGAUGUCAUUAGGGAUGAGCCAGGAACAAUCACCAUACCUCAAGUGCAGGCUGCACUCUUUGCCUCAUUCACUUGCGAGCCAUUGCGAUUCUUCGUUAUGGGAUCGAACGUGCGAUACAGUGUCGCGCCUGUCUUGCACAACUCUGCGUUUGAUGUCUACGGCAUGCCCCACAUCUAUUCCAUAUUACAAACGGACACUUUCGAUACACUCAAUGACGUAUUGCAGGAGGAUGACAUGGGGGGCUUAGGGCUGUCGUCUCCAUUUAAGACGGCUAUCAUUCCUCGCUUGAAAUCUAUGAGCUCCGACGCUCGGUUUAUUGGGGCCGUCAACACGAUUUUGCCUAUACGGAACUUGGGGCACGAGAAUGCAGCGGACAGCAAUCUCCACCGCCAGUUCUCUAUAGCUGAGCAACGCAAUCGAGCCGGUCCCGUGCUAGCCCUUCAUGGAGAAAACACCGAUUGGAAGGGUAUCAGAGCCUGUGUUAUCCGCCAUCUGUCUCCUGUAAACGCCGUGACCUCAGUAUCUACCGCUCUUGUCAUCGGUGCUGGCGGAAUGGCGCGGGCUGCCAUUUAUGCGCUGAUACAAUCGGGUAUCCGGCACAUACUUAUCUACAAUAGAACCCCCGAACACGCCAUGGAACUCGUAGACCACUUCGAGAGAAUGUAUCGCAGCAGUGGCGGCGACCUGACUGAUAACACCGAGCACAACCAGGGCAAGCGUGCUACUAUAUCUAUCUUCCAGUCACUGCAGGACCCUUGGCCGAGUAAUUUGCGUUUGCCCACAGUAAUCGUGAACUGCUCACCGAUCCCUGGGGACCGCAUUAUGCCAGCGCCGCUUCUCCAAGAGAAUAGGGUCGAAUUCGAGCCGGCGGUGUCGGUGCCUACGGCGUGGUUAAAGAGUCCAACUGGAGGUGUCUACCUGGAGCUCGCUUACAACAGUUCCUUACCGUCUCCGGAGCUUCUUCGUAUAUGCUCAAAUCAAGGCUGGAUUGGUGUAGCGGGUUUGGAAAUUUUUAUUGAAGUAGCCUCUGCCCAAUUCGAGUUCUGGACCGGACGCCGGGCUCCGACAUAUAUUAUGAAAAGGAAAUUGGGCCAAUACCUGCGUGAACUACAAGACUCCAUGUGA